AAAAAUCAAACUAGUAAAAAUUGGGGUUUAUCGUGCGGCCCAAACAAGUCCUCUAACAUUAGGGCAGGAACGGAAGAAAGUGUCUAUACAGACCUUCGUUUCCUUCUUCACCCGAAGAAGAAAAUUUGUUCAUUAAAUCAGCAAAAAGGCUCCAAAUGACCAGCAGAAAGAUUGUGCGAGACUUGUUUAUCUCCAAACAACCUGUUUUCCGCCGAAUAUUAGCACCACAACAGGUGGUUUCUGGUAGAGUUGCAACAAAUUUGAGGUUGAUUGGAGCAGACAGGUAUUUGGGUAUUCGUCAUUUCGGUGUAUUCAAUGAGUUCUCCGAGAAGGUUAAAGGCGAAGUAGACAGAAAUCAAGAAUUCAAACAGUCAGUCAAGGUGCUGAAGGAGAAAGCAGAGGAGUUGAAAGGGGUGAAAGAAGAUCUUAAAACAAGAACGAAGCAGACAACUGAGCAGCUUUACAAGCAUGUCGAUGGUGUUUGGACUGAAGCUGAAGCUACAGCAAAAAAGGUUUAUGCCAAUGUGGAGGAAAAAAUAUCUGCUACUAAAGAGGAGGUCAGAGGAAGUUUUCGGAUGGGGAAGGAAGAAACUCCAGGAUCAAGUGGUCAUUCAGAUACCUCUGGUUCAAAUACCAAUGAGAGUAGUGAGUCUGCAUCAGCAAAAACUCAACAGGAGCAGCAGCAGCAGCAAUCUUCUUCCAGUGAUAAUGCAGAAACAGUUUUUAGCAAGGUUAAGUAUGCUGCCUCAUCCUUAUCAUCGAAAGUCUCACCAGCCUUCCAGAAAAUAAAAGAAGCAAAGCCUGUUGACUUAGCCAAGAAGGGAUAUGGCAUCAUAUUGGAUGAAUUGAAAGGUACUCCAGGUAAGAGAAAGCGCCUCGAACAUUCUGCUUCCACACAAGAAACUUCAUCAAACUUUGAGAGGAGCACAAGGACUGAUGUUGCUGUCUUGCCGUCAAAGCAAUCAAAAUGGAAUAAGAAAUGGGAGACAUUCAAGGAAAAAAUGCAAGGUCACCCUGUUUUUAAGCGCUUUACUGGCAUGAGUGAACCUGUUGUAACAAAAAGCCAGGAGAUUGCAGAAGAUAUUCGUGAGAGAUGGGAAACAAGUGAUCAUCCCGUUGUUCAUAAAAUCCAAGAUAUAAAUGAAACUGUGUUUGGAGAAUCAACAGCUGCUUUGUCAUUUAAAGAGAUCCGCCGCAGAGAUCCGUCAUUUUCUUUACCUGAAUUUGUUGCUGAGGUUCAAGAAGUGAUUCGACCAGUUCUUGGAGCAUUCUUCAAAGGAGAUUCAGAGGUGUUGAAGAAAUAUUGCAGCAAAGAGGUAAUUGAGCGAUGUAAAGCAGAGCAUCAAGCUUUUGAUAGCCAGGGUAUCAUUUUUGAUAACAAGAUUUUACAUAUUUCGGACGUCGAAGUACGGGAAACAAAAAUGAUGGGAGACAGUCCCAUUAUCAUUUUGGCGUUCCAGACGCAACAGGUUUACUGCAUACGUGAUAAACUUGGUUCAAUUAAAGAAGGGGGACAGGAUACGAUACACACUGUAUACUAUGCUUGGGCUAUGCAACUAGUAGAAGCAGAAGAACUCGGAGAAGGAGCGAUCCACCCUAUAUGGAGGCUUAAAGAGAUGCAGCAACUUGGUGUUGCAGCCCUUAUCUAAAUCAACUCAUCAUGGGGAGCGGAUAAUGUUGCUGCCCACGGAUAAUGUGUGCAGAAAAAUUUUUGCAAUAAAUUUUUGCCUUUUCCUCCGUUGUAACGGGGGCAUCAUGUAUUCAAAUUAUUGAGAGCAGUUAGGAUAUUUUUUCACUAUUCUUGUGAAUGUACUUGAGCAACCCUAGCACAAUGCACGAAGAUCCAACCAUGAACACUGCAUAAAUAGAAUAUUCAUGUUAGUUA